AUGAAGAGGAUUCGCAGGGGUACUAUUGAAGCUUCAUCAUCACGACCUAAUAGACAACGUCCCACGGCCUCAGCGAGGAGACAGAGAGCGGCUCCCCAAGAUCACAUUGAGGAUACUACAGAGGUUGAAGAUGUAGUUCCUACUGAUUAUAGUAAUGUUGACGCAGAGGUUGAAGAUGUAGCUACUGCUCAGGAUAGUAAUGUUGAGGUACAUGCCGAGCCUACUGAGCCAUCUCGAGUAGGUCCCAUUGAUCCAUCUUUACUUACGAGUUUUAAAACUCACAUAACAGCUACAAUUUGGAAUAACCAGGAACGUGAGCCCCUUAGGUGCAUGUCGAAAACAUCUACCCUUCGUGAGUGGAAUUGGUGGGGUAAUCCAAAUAAUGGUAUAUUCAAAGGGUACAUUCAGAGGUCUGGAUUAGAGCCCCUUAUUAGGUGUUCUUAUCGGAAUGCUGAUAAGAUUGUGGUGUCUACAUUUGUUGAGAGGUGGCAUCCCGAAACGAACACCUUUCACAUGCCUUUUGGUGAGAUGACCAUCACAUUGGAUGAUGUGUCAUCUAUUUUAGGCAUUCCUGUGUCUGGUGUAGCGGUUGCUCCUCUUGGAGAUGAUGACGACACAAAUUUUGAGUUGUUAGUUAAGUACUUAGGAGUGACUGAUGAAAAGGCUACUAAACAAUUGCACAAAUACAGUGAUGAGUAUGUGAGUUUGUCAUGGUUACGGGCGCGAUUCUCCAAUGUUUCAGACACAGAUUCAGAGGAGUACAUCAUGUAUUCGGCCAGGGCAUAUUUGCUAUAUCUCUUGGGUUGCACUUUGUUUGUUGACAAGAUUGGCACGAGAGUCCAAAUUGUGUACCUUAGACUACUUAGAAACCUUGAUAGUAUUGCUGGUUAUUCAUGGGGUUCUGGGUGCUUAGCAUGGUUGUAUAGACAAUUAGGCCAAGCUUCGAGGUCUAAGGUGAAGCAGAUUGCUGGGUACAUGACUUUGCUGGAGGCAUGGGUGUAUGAGCACAUGUAUGGUGUUGUUGUCCUCAACGCAGUCAAUGCCCAUGUGUAA